AUGGCUCAAAAUGAGACGUUUAACAACACUAAUCAUGUAUCUUCGAAAGUUAUCGUGGGGUAUAUAGGAUCCUGGAACCAAUAUAUAUUAGAUAUAUCAGAUGUGAAUGGUAACCUGUAUACUCAUUUAGUUUAUAACCAUGUUGGAAUAUAUAGGGACGGAACAAUUAGAUUCUUUUAUGGGGAUGAUUUCCCAAAAUUGGAGAAGUUAACAACCAAGUAUCCUCAUUUAAAAAUUUUAAUUAGUGUAGGAGGUAAAUAUAAUGGAUUUAUGUUCAGUCAACUAACAACAGAUGCUUUGCAAACAUUUGCGUCAAACUGCAAAACUCUAAUACAGCAAUACGGAUUACAUGGGAUUGAUAUUGCUUGGGAAAAUCCAAUUGAGAGCGAAAAAGCUAGAUAUGAAAAUGUAUUAAAGAUUUUGCGACAAACACUAGGACCAAAUGCAGUAAUCACGGCAAAGGCUCCUACUAGUGUUAAAGAUUUUGAUGGAUUCGAUGAAGUAGCGAUGAAUAAAAUUAUAACUAAUGUCGUCACACCCGAAAAUAAAACUUUGAAAAUAUGUAAUAUGAAUAUUUCAGAAAGGAUGCGCUGA